GGCCAGCAACGGAUACACAAACGAAACCGACAGCAACGAAAGAGUGAGCAUCGUCAAGCAGCAUCAUGGCGAUGUUCUUUGACUUUCCCGUAUCGGCUCCCGAGUCGUACACGCCCAUCAAUGCCGCCUGGCACACCAAGCACCCACUCCUGGCUGUUGCCGCCCAAGAAAGGCGACAGGGGAUGACGAGUGGCUCCGUCAGCCUGUACACACAGGAUGGCGAACACCUGUCCGAGUCCACCUUGCAACGCGCUGCCAAGCCCACGACCAUCGCCUGGCAUCCAACCCUGAAGCUUCUCGCCACAGGGUGGGCGAGCGGGGAGCUCAUCAUGUGGAACGAGGAGACGCACAUGGCGUACGAGUGCAAGCGCAUGCACGACAACAUCACCUGCCUCACCUGGUCUCACGAUGGCAGCCGCCUCUUCUCCGCCGAUGACGAGGGCCAGCUGUGCGUGUGGCGCAUCAGCAAGACGGGCAAGGCCUCUCUGACAUAUGAACACAAGGCAGACACCGGCUUCACACACUGCGUUGCUGUGACGGCUGGCAGCGAGGACACGUCGAUGGUGUUCCUGGGCACAUUUGACAAGGGCGUCAUGCUGGCUGACGCAACCGGCGCAUGCACCCCGUCCUUUCCCGUCACAGACAAGAUUGUCGACCUCGUGUUCGACCCGGAGUCAGCGUCGCUGGUCGUUGCCACGCAAGACAUGAUGGUGGUGCACCACCACGUGGCCCCAGAUGGCGCUGUCAAGGACAAGUACGAGUUCAAAAUGUCCGGAAAAGCGUUUUCAUCCCUUGGGUUUGCCGGACCAGGGAUCCUCAUCGCCGCCACCUCGGAGAACCAAAUCAGGGUGUGGUGCAGCGAGGAGGGUGACUCAUAUUCGCUGUCCAUUGCACACGAGCGCGGUGAAUUCACCCCAAGCGACAUCAUCCAGACCGUCGCAUACAACCCGGCAAACCGCAUCAUUGCGGGGACGUCGCGCAACGGGAUGGUGUUCAUGUGGAAGUUCAAGGGCGAGGCGUUUACGGACCGGGAUUCCUGGUCGUUCCUCCCACCCAUUGAGCUGCGCGGCAGUCUUGUUGGUGCGCAGUGGGGUCCUGAUGGCCUCCUCCUCGUCAGGAAUGCGUCUGACACCGUCUCCAUCCUGCGCGAGCACAUCAUGCGCAAACACUUUUGCAACAACACAGCCGUCGUCCAGGUGUCGUCGACGCGGUUUGUGGUUGAGGUGCACAACACCAUCUGUCACGAUGUGGACGCAGACUUUGCCAUCAAGGGCCUGAGCACGGACGGCGAGUGCGUGUGCGUGUGGUCCGGCAAACAGGUCGCCGUGUUUGAGCUGGUCAAGGACGGCGAGGUCAUUCGCAACGCAGGCCAAUUCUCGUGCGAGGCGGUUGCGUGCGCGUUGCAUGCAGGCACUGUUUUCACUGCCGAGGGCAGCAAGAUCCACGCCCGCACACACCAGGGGUCGAGCAAACAGAUGCUGGUGUUUGGCGAGGACGAGCAGGUCACCCACCUCCACUGCAACAACAACUUCCUCGCUGCUGCCGCCGCCAAUGGGGUGCUGCGCGUCUGGGACCUCUCUCGCCGCGAAGCCAGGCCCCACGCGGGCCCGCGCGACGUGACGGAAGACGUGGACGGCGUGCGCGAUGUCGCCGUCAAUUGCACGGGCACACACGUCAGCUUCCUCGCAACAGUUGAUGGGAAGCCCGACACGAGCGUGUGGGUGUGGGCUGUGGAGAGUGACGCGAUCAUCAGCCAGGCGUUUGGCGUCGGUGGCCGCUGCCCCGUCUCCCAGCAGUGGGACAACACUGACGGCCGCCUGCUGGUGUGCGAGACUCAUCUCCCGUCCUCGGACGACGGCAGUGCGCACGCGGAGGCCACGACCAUCUUCAUGACGCCUGAUAACGGAAUGGUGGUCCAGCAGACCACCGCCCUGACACCGCUGGAUGUGGGCCCGCUGCUUGGCGUGCAGGUGCCUAACCUGUACUUUGCCCUGCGCGGCAAGUCUGACGAGGGCCACAUCACCCGCGCCGUCCCCAUGCGCGACUUUGCAGGCCUCGAGAACGCCGACAAGGACACCAAGGCGGCGAUGCUUGAGUUCAGCUACCAGCUCACGGUCGGCAACCUCGAUGCCGCCUUCAAGUCUGUCCGCGCCAUCGACAACGCCUCCGUGUGGGCCAACAUGGCACGCAUGUGCGUUGCCAACAAGCGGCUGGAUGUCGCUGCGGUGUGCAUGGGCAAACUCGGCGACGCCCCCGCCGCCCGCGUCCUGCGCGAAGCAGACAAGGAAGCCGAGCCCGAGGCAAAGGUUGCUGCGCUUGCCGUGCAGCUGCGCAUGUACGAGCAAGCCGAGCAGCUGUACAAGGACUGCGGGCGCUACGACCUCCUCAACCGCCUGUACCAGGACCAGGGCAGGUGGGACGACGCCGUGCGCGUUGCACUUGAGCACGACCGCAUGCACAUGCGCAACACGUACUACCGCUACGCGCAGCACCUUGAAGCGCUGGGCAGGACGGCCGACGCCAUCAAGCACUAUGAGCUGGCGGAGACGCACGCGUUUGAGGUGCCGCGGCUGCUCUUCAACGAGCCGGAGAACCUCGAGGCAUACGUCAAGCAGAGCAAGAGCAAGCAGCUCCUCAAGUGGUGGGCGCAGUAUCUGGAGUCGACGCAGGAGCUUGACGAGGCGCGCAAGUUCUACGCGGCCGCAGACGACGCGCUGUCGCUCGUGCGCGUGUACUGCUACUGCGAGGAGGUGGACAAGGCACGUGAGCUUGUCUCCACGUCCAAGAACAAGGCCGCCGCCUACCACCUCGCAAAGUAUCUUGAGGACAUGGGCGAGUUUGAGGAGGCUGUGUCCCUCUACUCCCAGGCCGCGUCAUACAACAACGCCAUCCGCCUUGCCAAGGAGCACGGGCUGAAGCAGCAAAUGCUGAGCCUGGCGCUCAAGUCCACCAAAGGGGACAUGAUGUCCGCUGCAGAGUACUACGAGUCGCAGGGCGCGUUUGACAAGGCCGUCAUGCUGUACCACAAGGCCGGCCGCGUCUCCAAGGCGCUGGACAUGUGUUUCCAGCACAACCUCUUCCAGGCGCUCUCUGAGAUUACGCAACACCUCUCUGAGGGCACGGAUCCCGAGCUGCUGGAGAAGGCCAGCUCGUUCUUCACCAACAACGGCCAGUAUGAGAAGGCUGUGAAUCUGCUUGUUGUCGCGGGGCAAUUCCACGACGCCCUCGACCUCAUCGCCCGCCACGGCGUCCACCUCACCGACGAGUGGGCGGAGAAGAUGACGUAUGCGCGUGGAGAGGUGGACAAGAAGGUCCGCAACGCGCUCCUCACCCGCAUCGCGGACGUCUGCUUCAACCAGGGGUCGUAUCAGCUCGCGACGCGCAAGUACACGCAGGCCGGGCAGCACGUGAAGGCCAUGAAGGCGCUGCUCAAGUGCGGCGACACGAACAAGAUCAUCUUCUUUGCCAAUAAGUGCCGGCAGCGCGAGGUGUAUGUGCUCGCCGCCAACUACCUGCAGAGCCUCAACUGGCGACGCGACCCGGAGAUUAUGAAGCACAUCAUCUCGUUCUACACCAAAGGCCGCGCCCUGGACUCGCUCGCGUCCUUCUACGAGGCAUGCGCCGGCGUCGAAAUCGACGACUACCAAAACUACGAAAAGGCGCUUGGGGCGUUGAACGAGGCCCUGCGGUGCAUGAGCCGGGCCAAGAUGAAGGAUCUGGACCUGCAGGAGCAGCGCGUUGCGUCCCUCCAACAGCGCAUUGAGUCAACGCGCAGGUUUGUCGCGGCGAAGCAGAUUGCGGAGGAAGAUCCUUCUGAGAUGGUCGCGCAGAUGCAGCAGCUGCUGCAGGAGCCCGACAUUGAUCAGGCCGUCCGCAUUGGCGACAUCUACGGCGUCAUCAUCGAGCACCUUGCGAGCAGGGAGCAGUAUGCAGAGGCAUACGACAACAUGCAGGAGCUUCGCAAGCGCAUUCCCAACGUCAACGUUGCCUACUACGUCAACAUGCGUGUGAUUGAGGCCGUGCACAACGCCCUGAACAUCCCGCUUGGCCAGGGCCAGGGCCCCGCUGUUGGCGGCGGCGAUGACGACGAGAUUGGCGAAGAGAUUGAAGGCCAAGACGUCUGAUGCGCUCUUAUGCGUGUGUGCGUGCGGGGUGUGUGUGUGUGUGUGUUUGUGCGUGUGUGUGUGUGUGUGUGUGUGUGU